GCGCGACGCUGUCCUAAAAAUAUUUGAUCAAGUGUGUAUCAUGUCAUAAAGGCUUCAGCUUUACGAGUCGAUACUUUCACAAUAAUAAAAGACUUUAACAGUCGUGUGUUUUCGGCGCAUCUGUGUUUGAUUCUUAUUAUAUAUAAAUAUAUUCUCAUUUAUACUAUAAACAAGAGCAAACAGACGAGUAAACAAUUUUUCAGUGCGUGAAGAGUGCGUUUCGAUCUGAAGAAGAUACAAGUCGAUAGGAAGGUCACCGAAUCUCUACGGAACAAAAGUAUACAGACUCAAAGGCACGCUCUUGUACGAUAUUUGAUCGCGCUCGAUUUAUUGUUCAGCGACAUCAGCGGUGACGAAUAUUUACAGAUAUAUCGCAAAACGACAAGAUUAAGAUUCCGAUAAAGCAUGAUGCUUGCUAGAUUUCUCAUUCGCGAGAUUAAUGACUCGCGUUUGUUAUGGAAACAUCGCGCAAAAUCGACGAUGGCCUAUAUGGAACAUAGCGAAACGAAGAAUGUGGACAACGAACUGCAGUACGCAAAGCCGACCAAGGAUAUUCCCGGCCCGAAAGCGUUGCCUUUGCUUGGCAAUUGGUUCAGAUUCAUACCACAUAUAGGUGAAUACGGUAUAUACAAUAUAACAUUGCAAUUUCGGAUGAUGCGUGAUCAAUACGGCGACAUCGUCAAAUUGGACGGUAUACCAGGUCAUCAAACGACUAUCUUAUUAUUCUCACCGGAACUAUGCGAGAAGAUGUAUCGAAUAGAAGGCAUGUGGCCGAUGCGGAUUAGCAUGGAGAGUAUGCAUUAUUAUCGCGAGAAUAGAAAAAAUAUCUACAACGGGCAAUACGGUCUCGGAACAAGCCAGGGCAAAGCGUGGCACGACUUUCGCACGAAAAUCAAUCCGUACAUGAUGCAACCGCAAUCGAUCACGACGUACGUUACGCAAAUCAGCGAAGUGGCCGACGAAUUCGUGAAAAAGAUGCGAACAUUACGGGAUCCUAAAACCUUAGAGUUGCCCGACGAUUUUAAGAACGAAUUGUGCAAAUGGGCCUUAGAAUCAAUAUGUUCGAUCGCGCUGGAUUGCCGACUAGGAUGCUUAAAGUCUAAUCUCGCCGCAGACUCAGAACAGCAAAUAAUGAUUAAUAGCGUGCAUAAAAUGUUCGAUCUUAUGUACCGCUUGGAUGUUCUGCCGUCUCUGUGGAGGCUGUAUAAUACGCGGAAUCUCAAGGAGUUCUUCCAUGCGAUAGAUACGCUUAAUGGAAUUGCUAUUAAAUACAUCGAUCAGGCUAAGAUGAAGCUUGACGAAACAACGGAUAAUGAUGCAAAUUCGCAUAAUCAUAGUUUAUUGCAAAAACUCUUGCGUCUUGAUGAACAAGUAGCUCGCGUUAUGGCACUCGAUAUGCUGACAGCUGGUAUUGAUUCGACCGGUAACAUAGCCGGCGGCUUGCUGUAUUACAUCGCGAAUAAUCCGGAGAAACAAGAAAAGCUGCGAGAAGAAGUGAUGUCUAUAUUACCGGACAAAACGUCACCUAUUACGCACGAUGUUCUACAACAGUUCAGAUACGGCAAGGCCUGCGUCAAGGAAUCUCUUCGAUUGUUUCCUGUUGCUAUCGGCAAUCUCAGAACUAUGCCAACGGAUGUUUGCAUUGGAGGAUACAAGAUACCAGAAGGAAUGAAUGUCCUCGCCUGUCAUUCAUUGAUCACGAUGGAACCUACGCAGUUUCCGCGACCGCAAGAAUACAUUCCCGAGAGAUGGAUGCGAGGCAACACAGAGUUUCCAUCAGCCCAGAAGGCGCAUCCUUUUGCGUAUAUGCCCUUCGGAUUUGGACCUCGCUCAUGCGCCGGCCGACGAUUCGCCGAGAUGGAACUUGAGACAUUGCUCUUGCGCCGCCGAUUUCAGUCUCCGUUGAGCCGAGGCCCGAUUCCUCUCACCGGUUUCUCCGCCACUCCAUUUCGACCGCGCGCGAUGACAUCAAAAGACAUAAUGGACUCGGACUGCAUGACGCUGACGAGAUUCGUGCUGGCGGAGCAGCGCAAGGUGCCGACGGCGACCGGCGAUCUCACGCAGCUGUUGAACAGCAUACAGACUGCCGUGAAGGCCGUCAGCUCGGCCGUGAGGAAGGCUGGUAUCGCUAACAUGAGAGCACGACCGACUAUUGAUCGGCCGGUCGACAGUGCGCCAGCGCAAGUCGACCGGACGAACCGAGGCAUUCACGAGCCGCCCUCGGCCUUAGUGCGUUUGGUCGGCUGUUGGUUUAGCUGCUGUUAUGCUCGUCGUCGCACCGAAGCGUCCUUAGAUGCUGCUAUCAUGUCCGGUGACAGGGAUUAUAUCGGCUUCGCGACGCUGCCGGAGCAAGUGCACCGAAAAUCGGUGAAGAGGGGCUUCGAGUUCACCCUGAUGGUGUUGGGUGAGACCGGCCUCGGCAAGUCGACGCUCAUAAACAGCCUCUUUCUCGGGGAUCUGUACAAAGACCGGCGAAUUCCGGAUGCGGCAGAGCGCGUGGCUAAGACCAACUCUAUCGAGAAAAAGACCAUGGAUAUAGAAGAGCGCGGCGUUCGGCUCCGUUUGACGAUCGUAGACACGCCAGGAUUCGGCGAUGCGGUAAAUUGCGAGGACACGUGGAAAGCAUGCUCGGCUUACAUCGACGAACAAUUUCGCCAGUACUUUACGGACGAAAGUGGAUUAAAUAGGAAAAAUAUUCAGGAUAACAGGGUACACUGUUGUCUGUACUUUAUACCACCAUACGGUCACGGCCUCAGGCAAAUUGAUCUCGAGGUAUUGAGGCGUUUACAUCGGAAAGUUAACGUCGUUCCCGUGAUAGCAAAAGCGGAUACUUUAACCACUCACGAGGUGAAAAAAUUGAAAGAGCGCAUUUUGGCAGAUAUCGAGGAACACGAGAUUCAGAUAUAUCAAUUUCCGGAUUGCGACAGCGACGAGGACGAAGAAUUCAAGCAACAGGAUAAAGAGCUGAAAGCUUGUAUACCGUUCGCGGUUGUCGGGAGCUCGACAGUACUGGAGGUUGCAGGAAGAAAGGUCCGCGGUCGGCAAUAUCCGUGGGGCGUAGUGGAAGUCGAGAAUCCGAAGCACAGUGACUUCGUCAAACUAAGGACGAUGCUAAUAUCGACCCAUAUGCAGGAUCUAAAGGACGUCACGCAGGACGUUCACUACGAGAAUUUUCGGGCCCAAUGUAUUUCUCAAAUUUCGCAGCAAGCGAUCCGGGAACGGAGUAAACUGAAAAGAGAUUCCGGACCGCAUUUCGAGAACAGUAUAUCCGACACCGACAGGCUCCUUUUACAGAAGGACGAAGAGAUACGAAGGAUGCAAGAUAUUCUAGCGCAGAUGCAAGAGAAGCUCAAAGCGACCGGUCAAGUCGGCGGUGGUGUUGGAUUGAGAGGCCGUGUCGGCAGCCUCGGCAACGAUUUGGAUUCCGCGGAUGUCGAGAAGAAACGGAACAGUAUUAUAGACGUUUGAGGAGCGUAGGUUAUUCCCUCGGGAUAUAUUCAGGAUAUAAAGUUUAUAGCCCGAGAGGUCUGUACAUAUUUCGUUCGAUGCUCGACAAGUUUUCCGAUAUAUAUUACACGAAGCCGCAUAAAAUAUACUCGAGAUUUAAAACUUUUCGAUUACGAAUUUACAUUCGAGAAAUUGUAACAAUUUUUAAAUUAUUAAAUUUAUCUGCAUUCAACAAUAUACUUUAUGAUAAAUUAAAAUUUAAGCAAAGUAAAUUUUUAUCUCCGCUAAUAAUGAAAUUUAUUAUGUUAAUAUAAUUAAGCGAUCUGCCUCUCUCUUGAUCGCAUAUGUUAUCUCUCAACGCGGAAGGAAAGACAAACUAGAGCUGCCAAAGAUUGAAGAGUGUUUGCUCGUCAAAUAUUCGAUCAAGUCAAAUUUGUACAGAUCGACUACAUCCCGCUUUACGUCGGUGAUACGUACAAAAAGAAAAAUGUAUUUUGUACUCAACGCGCACAUAGAUAAUUUAUACAAAUACAUAGUAGACAUGCGUAAUCGUAUAAAAACUUUACCGAAAGAUAUAUGUAUAUGUAUGCACUGAUACAUCAGUGUAGCAAUCUUAUUUAGUUUAUUGUUUAGUGCUAAUACAAGACUUAUAUUAUAGCAUCAAAAUGUAUACCAAUCAAUUUUGAAAGAUAUGAUAAAUUAAAAAUUAAUACGCACAAUAUAUUCCGUGAUUGUAUAAUAAUGAUGUCGCAGAAAUUAAUUUUUUUUUUUUGAGGAAUGAGAAACUAGUCACAACUUUAAGUCAACUCUUUAAUUUAUUUUACGAUCGUUCUAAAUUAUAAAGAAAAAAAGAAUAUGUAGAUGUUUUUGUAACAAUAAACAUACCGUAUAUAUAAA